AUGUUGCGUCAAAUCCACUUGAAUAAAGGUUGGAAGUUCAAGCAAGCCAGUUCUCUCAACGAUAGCGCUGCUUCCUCCUUUCUCCCUGUCGCCCAGUUUCCAACUGUCGCUCACAUUGAUCUUUUGCAUCACGAAUUGAUCCCUGAUCCCUAUAUCGACAUCAACGAACUGAAGUGUCUUUGGGUCAAUGAUGCCGACUGGACAUACCGUACAGAGGAGAUUUCUCCACUGGAUCUGAAAUCGUCGGACAAGGCAGAGCUUGUGUUCGAGGGCCUUGACACAGUCGUGGACGUCUAUCUGAACAAUUCGCAUAUCUUGUUCAGUAACAAUAUGCAUAGGUCCCAUCGUAUCGAUGUCACCAAAAUGCUGCGAGGUAGAGAGAAACCUUCUGUUCUUGAACUCAGGUUCAGAGCUGCUCCAGCGUAUGGUCGCUCUGAACGUGAGCGUAUCGGAUACAAGACGCUCAAGGUUGGAAGAGGCGUCAAUUUUGGCGGGUCUGAGAGGCUCUUUGUCAGGAAGGCUCAGUAUCAUUGGGGUUGGGACUGGGGACCGGCCGUCAACACUUGCGGUCCCUGGAAGCCCAUAUACCUGGAGGUCUAUAAGUCGCGCAUUUGUGAUCUCAGGGUCACCCAGGAUGUUGCCCCAGAUCUCUGUUCUGUAGACAUCAAAGUCGAAGCGCAACUGGAGGGCCAUGAGAGUAUCAAUGAGGUUCGGGUUCAAUUACUGGACGUUCAAACAGGGGCCAUUGUGGUUGAUGAUAAAGCGUCGAAGUCGACUAAAGGCGCUCUGUCCUUUACUGUCAAACUCAACAAACCAAAGCUAUGGUACCCAUUUUUGUAUGGAGAACAGAACCUCUAUCUGCUUCAAGUCAGCAUCCCCAAUCAUACUGUGAGCAGAAAGUUGGGUAUCAGAAGAUUGCGUCUACUACAACACCCACUCAAAGACCAACCGGGCACUUCAUUCAUCUUUGAGGUCAACAACGUCCGUCUCUUCAGCGGAGGCUCAUGUUGGAUCCCUGCGGACUUCAUGCUACCGCGAGUGUCAAAGAGUACCUACGAGAAAUGGAUCACUCUUGCCAAAGCAGGGAACCAGUCCAUUAUUCGCGUCUGGGGCGGCGGAAUUGUUGAGAGCGACGACUUCUAUGACCUAUGUGACCGUGAAGGCAUCAUGGUCUGGCAAGACUUCUUAUACGCAUGCGGCAAUUACCCAGCUUCCCCAGACUUCGUUGCCAAUGUGAAGAUCGAAGCGGAGCAACAAGUGCAGCGUGUUGGUCACCAUCCCUCUCUUGUCUUGUGGUGCGGAAACAAUGAGGAUUACAUGUGUGCCGACGGAGAUCGGUGCUGGGAUGUUGACUACAGUGACACUACCGGUCCAUGGGACAAGACCACAUUUCCAGCACGCGAGAUCUACGAACGCACUCUGCCUUCCGUCAUCAAAGCAUCAGGCACCGAUGUCCCGUACUGGAUCAGCUCUCCUUACGGCGGAAGCUUCUCCAACGACACAACGGUUGGGGACACGCAUUGCUGGGAUGUCUGGCAUGGAAAGAUGUCACCUUACCAGGACUACAAAGCUUACAUGUCUCGCUUCAUCUCAGAAUUCGGCUUCGAGUCAGCUCCCAGUCUUCAGACUCUUCACCGAGCCAUCACCUCUCCCAAAGAGCGUCAUUCCCAGUCGAGGACUUUUGACGUCCACGAUAAAGGCCCUGGUCAUCAAAGACGGUACCCAAUGUACAUGGGCGAGAACUAUCGCUUCCGCAUGAAUCCACUCAAAGACUUUGUGUACUGCACGCAGUUCCUUCAGGCCGAAGCUAUGGCGUAUGCUUAUAACUGUUGGCGACGUGAGUUCCGAGGACGUGGGGAAGAGAACUGUGGUGGUGUCUUGGUCUGGCAGCUGAACGACAUCUGGCCUGGUAUCAGUUGGGCACUCGUUGAUGUAGACAUGAAUCCCAAACCGGCAUACUACAUCACUAAACGAGCAUUGCAUAAGAUGGUUGUUGGAAUGGAACGAGUCGUCACAGAGAAGCCGCCUUAUAUCACGACUGGCUAUCUUGAUAAGAAGCACAAGGUGGACGUUUGGGCAGUCAAUGGUCAUUUGCAUGAGAUGAGAGUCAACCUGGAGGUCAAAGCAUUUGAUAUCGAAAGUGGAAAGUCAGUUCAAUGGAAGGGCGCGGUGGCGUCAAAGGAACAUGUUCUGAAAGGAAACCGUUCAACUGAACUCCUGGCUGGACUGGAGAUUCCGAGCCCAGAUGAAACGGUCUUGGUUGCUUACAUACGAGACGUCUCAUCUGGAGAACAACUAGCCAGAUGGGUGAGCUGGCCAGAGCCUCUCAAGUAUGUACACAUGUCUUCUGAUCUCAAAGUCACUACAGAAAUAGUUGAUGAUGGAUCAGCGGUUAUUGUGAGAUCUAAUGCACCAGCCAAAGGAGUUGUGUUGAGUGCAUCUGGCUGUGAUGGUAAGAGCUUGGUCUUUGACAACAACUUUAUCGAUCUGGUGCCAGAUGAGGAUGUGAGAGUCGGGGUAGCCGCCGCCCUCUUGGGUGAUCGUGUUGACGUUAGGUUUCUUUACGACUGGGAACUCGAACCGGGAUUUGAGUUGUGA